GGUAGCCUUUCCCUUCUCCAGGGGAUCUUCCCAACCCAGGGAUAGAACACAGAUCUCCCUCAUUGCAGGCAGAUUCUUUACCAGCUAAGGAAGUAGGUAAUAGCUGUAUCCUAACUUGGAGACAUUCAAUAUUACUAAACAGCUAGUAUGUACCAGAUUACCAGGUAGCUGCCAAUAAUAUAAAACCCUCUACAUUCUGUGAAAAUGCUAACAUACCUGGGGGAGAGGGACACAGUCCAAUCUGUGGGGACAGAAGAACAGUUACAUCAACAAGUACAAAACACAGUUUUUGGUGCCAGGAACAUGGCCUGGUGAGGAGAAUGGGGUCCCGCACAUCCCUGCUCAGUCCUCUUUCCAAGCACACUUUCCACCUUCCCACUGUCCCCUAAUUCCUGUGCUGGGGUCACCCGUUUGAUAGCCUGGAGCUAUCUCAGAGAGUCUGGCUCUAGUUCCACUGACACACAUGACUUGUGAUUUUGUCUUCUUGCUUGAUUCCUACUUCCUCUUGCUCAGAUCCUGCAAGAUCCCUGACAAUUUAGCCUUCAUUCGCUUAAGCGGAAAACUGCGCAAAGAUGAACAUCUGCAGUUAAAGUCGGACAAUAUUACUUUCUUUUCAGUCUAAUCCCCUUUUGCUCCUCUCCCCAAAUGUAUGACAGUGCUCAGGAAAGCUCAUUGCAUGAAUUACACAAAUACACAAAAGUAAGGUAUCCAUGGCACUAUAAACACAUCUUUUUACCAUCGCACAGUGUCCUCAGCCGGCCCGGUGAAGCGCUCAGCACCUCGGUGCACCGGGGAUGAGCUGUCGGGAGUCUCCUGCGUCUCCAUGGCGACGCGUCACAAAACAGCAUCCACCACAGCACCCAGUCGAGCUGGUGGAAAGCGCCCCGCGACGACGGCCUCUUGGAGCAAGAAUGGCAGAGCCUGGGCCCGAAGAUGCGUGCCCUUCUCAAUAUGGCAACAAGAGACGGCCAAUCAGAAAAGUACCAGAAGGCUAGGAUAUACAUAUUCACUUGGUGAUCCUAUUCCUAAUCAAACACAGUACAAUGAUGAGUAUGUCUGGAAACCAUAUUCUAAAGAGGAUUCGAUCAAUGUUGGGACUUCAAGAGGAAUCAAGAACCACAGAUCUUACCCUAGUCAGGACUUCUUUCUCUGGACACUACCUCAAUCAACAACCUCAUUAAAGAGCUACUUUCCUUGGAAAAUUGCUGCAUCAAUGGAAGAAGUUCGGAAGGCAAUAGGAAAUCAGUUUAUUUCCAUCACAAAGAGAGAUUUUGUGGACCGAUCGAAGGAUCAGAAGGAUAAACAGCGUUCUCAGAUGUUUCUAGAAUGGAAAAAGUUAGUUCCCCGACCAGCAGACACAGAAUUUCGACGGAAUUACCAAAUUCCAGCUAAAAUUCCUGAGUUACAGGAUUUUAGUUUCAAAUAUGGAUGCUACUCGAGCCUACCCAUUGCUUCUCAAGGUCUAGUCCCUUCUGUGCUGUUCAGCCACAUGAGGAGCCAAGAGCGCACGAAGAAGCAGUCCAUCUACCAAAGUGAUUAUGGGAAAGCCUACCUGGAUUUCUUGACAAUUCUGAACUCAUUCAGCCCCUCUCAAGUCACAGAGUACCUUCAGGGUGUUUCCUACAAAGAAAGGCAGAUUCUUGAUCGCUUUAUUUGCUCCUACUGUGAUGUGGGCCAAAGGACGGAUAAAAAAGAAAAAUAGUUCAAAUGAAGAACAUCUGAAAGUAACUGAGUUCUUUUCUCAAUAAUCAAGAAAAAAUAAGAUCCAAAUUGUUCUGAAUUAUAAUUUCAUCAUGACUUGGUGUAAUUUUGUUUGUUUUAUUUUUAAACAAUAAAAUCAUUUAAGGCUGAAAAUCAUCCCUUGCCUCCCAAUCUAUUCCCACCCAAUUUUAACUGUAUCCAGUGGGUUUUGAUAUAAUGUUUUUUCACCAUUCUCUUUUGGAUACUUACUUUGUGUCUUCAGUUCUGAUUUCCUCUUUGAACCAGGAAUUAUGUGGAAGAGGUUUCUUAAUUUUUCAAUAAUUAGGGGAUUAAAAAAUUCAUUAUUGUUGAUUUUGAAUUUGAAAGUUAAAAAACAAAUCUCUGCUUUUGGAAAAUUAGCAAACAUUUUUUA